AUGGAUGCCAAAAAACUGCUUUGCGUCGCCGCCUUGGCCGGCGACGCUGCCCUCGUGGCGGCUCUGCCGCGGCCCCAGCUGGGACCCCUCGAUCUUGUUUCUUUGCCACCACUUCCUGCCGUUCCCGCUAACCAGCGCAAUGCGACGCCUGCCUUGCCGGUGUUGCCUCCCAUCUCGACCGGCCUUCCCGUGCCCGUUGACGGCCUCCCGCUGCCCGACCUGACCGCUGUCUUGAGCAACCCGACUGCCGACGUUGCGCAACUGACUUCGAUCGUUCCGGCGGUGACCAAUCUGGCCAGCGUCAUUCCUCACCCUGUUGCCUCAAGCUUGCCGGUCAGCCCUUCGCAGGCCGAGGUCUUGGCCUCGUUGCUGCCCGUUAUCCAACUGCUCGGUCAGAUCGUUGACAAGGUCGGCGCUGUGACCGCCCUUGUUCCGGGCGGCAAGCCGGGUGUCUCUUCGGCCGUGCCUCUCGGCAAGAGGCAGCUGGGAAACCUACUCAAUGGCCUCCCGCUCAACACCGUCACCGACACUCCUGCGGGAGUCACGAAUGGCGCUGGUGCUGUGUCGUCACCGCUUGACCCCGUUCUUAACACUGUUAAGGGAGUCACCAACGACAUUCCACUUAUCGGUGGCCCAGGGUCGCUGCUUGAUACUGUCCUGAACCAGGUCCAGGGCCUUCUGGAUGGUUUACCACUCAAUUCCUUGCCAGCCAGUGCCUUAGCCCAGUUGCUUCAGACUAUUCUUGCCGCACUUGGCGGCGUUGCUGGCGGCGUUGCUGGAGGCGUUGCUGGCGGCGCACUUGGCAAUGCUGCUGGCGUUGGCCUCCCCGGUGGCCCCCGUAUACUGGCGGAUGCGUCUCCCGAGAACGAGAACAACGAGAACCACGAGAAGCGGCAAGCACUGCCUAUCGCUCUCGGCACUGCGACAACGAUUCCGGCGCUGGUUGGUUUGGAGCCGGUGACUGCGGCGGGUACCCUGGGGACUGAAGUCACGCCGACUGCCGCUUUGAACAACAUCCUACCGUUCAUCGCCUCUGUUGAGAGCCUUUCCAUAAUGAACGCCGCCGCUGCUGUUUUCACCCCAGCACCAGUCGCUGGUGCCAUCCUUGGCCUUUCUCUCCCGAACGGUGGUGGUCCUUCUCUGGGCCCGAUCCUGCCCGGUGUCGUCCCGAUCGAUGCCACCGCCGCUAUCCUGAGUCCCCUUCUGCCCGCCCCAACUGCAGGCACCCCAGGGGGAGAUGCUGGCGGCAUUGACGGCGGUCUUCCCGACUCCGACGGUCCCGCGUUUCCCCUUCCCAACCCUGUCGAGCCCAUCAUCGCUCAGGUUGGUGACCUUGGCGGUGCUGUGACCGGCGUUGCUGGCGACCUUGGUGGUGCUGCUACCAGUGUCGUUGGCGACCUCGGCAGUGCUGUUACCGGCGCUGUUGCUCUCAUUGUUCCUGACGAUGGUGGUCUCAGCGGUGGCGGACUUUUGAGCCCCCGCGGUGAUGAGCUUCCCGAGCUUCUGACCGGUGGUGCUCCCGGUGUUGCUCUUCCCACGGAUGUCACCGGUGCUAUUGGUAGUAUCGUUACCAAUGUACCCGGUGCCGUGAUUACUGGUCUGCCUGGUGUGGGAGGCGCUGGUUCUUCAAUUCAACUCUUGGACCCAAUUAUCUCCUCGCUCCAGGGCGCUCUCGCUUCCGCGACUGGCGCCCUCGGUCUCGCUCAAUCUGCCGUCGCCGGUAUUGGUGUUGGUGGUGUUGUCGUCCCUGCUGUCGGUGGCGGUGUCGGCAACGUUCUUGGCGGUAUUGGCGUUGCUGCUAACCCUACUACUGCUCCCGGCACCGUGGCUACUGUUGCGCCCGUUAUUGCACCUAGUGCCUCAAUUCGCUUCCGCCGAGACGAGGCUGCUGCGCCCCAGCCCGAGGCCACCGCCGCCGCCGAUGCUGCUCAGGUUGCCCCUAACGUGCAGGCCCUGUCGAAAACACCGCGACCGGUCUCCUGA